UUCGGGGGCAAGGCGCCUUGCAACUCACCCGUCCGUGUCUCUAGGUAGCGUUACGACGUGUUUUCGUUCCGAAGCGUCAUCGUCAUCAUCGACAGGUUGCGAGUCACCAUUGAUGUUCAAACGCGUCCGCUUACGGCCCUUGGGAGAGCCACUCUCAUCCUCCUCAUCAAAAGCAUCUCCGUCUCCCUCAGCAUCUCCCUCCCCAUUGUCGUCACGUCCUUGGGGAUCCUCUUUCUCGUCGCGAACACGUCUUUUCCCUUUGCUCUGCUUCGCGUCUUCGGCCUUUACCUUGGAUACCUUCUCAGCCUUCACCGCUUUCUCAGUCUUGGCUUUCAUCGCUGUCCUAGCAUCUUUCACACAAACGUUGUUGAAUGACGCGCUCGGUUGACGCGCCAUAUUCUGACCACGGAGACGAGGGUUGAAA